UAGAAGAAAAAGAGGAGCACUUAUAUUACUAUGUAAUAGCUGGCUCUGAGAGCCGAUUCGCUCUUUGUUUCACUGUGCUGCAGAUCAGUCUUGUAUGAAUUACCGGCUGUGUUAGUACUCAUCGUCUCAUGUUGGAAGUUUUCGAGUGUUCGUAGAUCACCCUGUUCCUCCUGCGUGACAUGACUGCACCAUUCAGGUGAAAGAGAACGACGAGCGCAAGUAGGUAACUCACUCAUUCAUAGAGUUUUCGAGCUCAACGUUUCGAGAUUCAUCAUCUCCGUCCACGUAGAUAGUUGCGAGUGCUUGGCCCGGGGCUUGAACUUGAAGUUGAAGUAAGUAGUUUGUUGUCAAUGUUGAACGACACAACAUCACACGCUGCGCAGACCUAGCCGCAGACCGCCCGCCGGUGCAAGUGUGAGUGUGACUCGACUGGUCGGUCCAUCGCGGCAUCGGCUUCGAUCGCUGGUGCUUUUUGUAUGCAGAUAUGCAGAUACAAACAGCACAAUAGUUUCCAACACUCGGGCGCUGCAGCGUAGGCGAAGACCCAAGACUGCAAGAGCUACUUGUGGUAGUUGUGCCAUUUCGGGGGAGGCAAGUUGCUUACAAAACUGGCCUGGUUCGCUGGUCCAUUUCUUGGAUCUGCCAAAAGCGGCAUUGCUAUUUUGCACCUUUGACUUGGGUACAUCUCUCGCACGAUGAAGGGAUCGGCACGAACACGGAACAGAUAACUGAGCUUGGUUGUGGCUCACUGAUUGUCGAAGAAAUAUUUUAUGCUGCAGCUCAGCCGGCUUGGCGAAGAGGAGUUAGAUUAUUUAUGUCGCGACGAGUGGCAUCGUCUGUUCCUCAUCAUUGAUCGCUGACUUCCUUCUGUUCUUGUGCUGGUUGCUGCAUUGCUGAUUUCACUGGAGCCGCGAUAGCUAUGUAUCGCACCGCGCGUCGCGUUUCUGCUGAUGAUGAAGGCGAUGGAAUAUCGUUGCAAGAAGGAGACAAAGUUAUUGUACUGGAGACGAUUCGGCAUGACGAACGAUGGGUCAAAGUUCAACCCCUUCGUCGGGGUGGGAGAGUAGGAGUUGCUCCUCGAAGUUGCUUAGAGGAGGAGGAGAGUGUACGUUUCCCACUGUAUGUUGCCCGCAAGUUCGUUGCCAAUGAAGAUGGCACAGAAUUUGCAGCAAUGGGGGAGAAGGUCGAGCAGCUGCACAAAGUGUCCGAAUAUGGUUGGCUGGUGCGACAUGUGGACAGUCGGGCGGUCAGUGCAGUGGACGGCCGUGACUUCCUACCUGUUACUGAUGAUGCCAUUAUCGAUGGCCCAAUCACCGACAAGCACUUGCAGACACAUUUCUCCAACCGCUUUGUUGUGGACCGGAUGAGUAUCCGCAAUGGCAGAAAAUCACCAAGCGGUGUUAAUUGUAUAAGCCCAGGGGUGCCGGAGAAUAGCCCAGCCGUAUCACGCAGCAACGUAUCAAUACGUUGUAAUGACACGCCAGAGGGUUCUCCUGCGUUUAUUCGGAGAGGUGACACGAAAAAAAGUCUCAGGAAGAGGUUGUCAAUUCGCAGGGACAGAAGCAAGAGUCAAGCCGACAAAGAGGAACGAAAGGAGAUUCUCGAGGAGCUGGACAGCACCAUCUCUGCACUGAAGGGCUCCAAGAACCUUCGGCAGAAGUCGGAUGUUCGUGACCUACUUGUCACUCUGCAGAAGCUUCGUAAUGAGGUCAGCAGGGGCAGGGACCUGGACAAUGCCAGGACGUUUCUCAACAAAAAUGGCACCAAGCAAGAAAAUGGCACUGAGGCCAUCUCGUCCAAGGCACCCCUGGAGAACUCCAUCUCAGUACCCAUCCCCGAUGCUUCUGUUUCUUACGACGCGGCGAGCCGUUCCGAGUCACAGCCAUUGGGUGAUCUUCCAGCCCCUGGUUCGGUUCUAGAUGAUGACCCCCCUGACCCAUACACAGCUGUUCCGAACGAAGACCAGAACCAAGCACCGCAGGAUGGAGCAAUCGAGAAGCUGGAUGCAGCUGGCAAUACCAAUGGUGCAUCUUCUUAUUCAGCAUGCGAAAAGCCAGCAUCCUAUGCAUCCAUAGAUGGUAUCCUGGGGUCAAGGGGGGAGGAGAAGACGUCAGAAGCACAAGCCGACGAUUCUGACACUUAUGCAAUUCCCAGGAAGACAUCCAAGACAAAGAAACCACCGAAACCCAAAGUGAAGCCCCCACCACCACCAGAAUCAGCACCAAAGUGUGGCCAACAGUCCAGUGCAGCUGCAUCAACCACUCGCCCAGUGAACGGGAGCUGGACAGCGACUGCAAGCAGUACUAGUCUGCCCACCGUCAAGAGAGGUCAACUCGGCAAAAAUCUGAGUGGAUCGUCGGGUAUUUCUAGUCGUUCAUCAGGACACAUCAAGAGUCCCCUGUUGGCCCGCUUCGUAAGCAAAGUCAUGAGUACUGGUACCAACCCCAAGGAAGUGGCCAAGCGCCUCGUCGAAGAUGUGCGAGUCAAGACCGGGAGCAGCUUUGAUAAUUCGUUUGUAGCGGCCAAGACUGUGCUGGAGCACAUGAAGGAGUUUAUCCCGGAUAAGACCAGUGAGAUUGAGGAGCUCGAAGAAGCACUGGACCAGCUACAGAGCGGUAGUACGACUGACGGAAGCAAGGAUACGCACGAUGGAAAUCGCCUGGACGUUAUCUUCGCCGAGCUGACAACGAUGCGUAAUGACGGACAGCAGCGUAACUGGACCGUUCACGAUGAUGCCGACGUCAUCACAGAAUAUCUCGAAGAGCUUCUCUCUAUCCUGUCCGAGGCGGAUCAAGUAUUAUGUGCACACAAAGUGGCGUAUGAUGAUUAUGCCAUUGUCACCACUCUAACUGAGUACUACCAAAUGGAAACUCGAGUGCCAAUUCGACUGCUUCUGUUGAAAUUCUUUGGAGGCCUGUGUAGUCUGGACACCAAAAUCCCAUCUGUUCUGCUUACGUCCAACCUACCACUUGAGUUGGCACGCGACAUUAAAGCCGACACAGCCGAAUUCCAAAAGACGCUGUACUCCUGCUUGGUAGGCACGAUGAUGUUCUCCUCCGGUGAAAAGCCUCCAUUCAACUACUAUGAAACAUGGAACACCGACUUCAUGCUGUUCUUACUGGAUCUUGUUGAGAACCCAUUGGAAGAGGAUGAAGAGGAGCGGUUACUCGACUGUGUUCUGGGUCUUGUGCUUGGCUUCAACUACCACUUCCUAGAUAUUGAUGUUGCAAACAACCACGUGAUGAAGGCACUGCAGGCUAUGCCAACAACACGCAACUUCUGUGAGAAGGUGCUGCUGAUAGUAAACCGAGAAGAGGAUCCAGUGGCCCUGAGCAAGCCGCUUGUUCCUGACUCUGUUCUGAAGUUGCUGAAGGACAUGUUUGCCGAGCGCAGCACGGCAUCUCUCUUCUACACAUCCGAUACGCAUGUGUUGAUUGGCAUCGUGGCACGGCAACUGAAUGAUCUACCGGAAGACAGUGAGCUCCGCUAUCAUUACUUGCUGCUGCUGGAAGAAAUGGUGCAGACCACUGACUUCAACACUGAUCAAUAUGGCAAAGAGGAAAUUGCUACUGCUCUAGUGCGUAUUGAAGAAGGAGAAGUGGUCGAGGCGCGGAACAAGGACACCAUUACGCGGAUACGGAGCCUUGCGCCGUCGCUAGCUGCAAGCUAAAUGCCGCAGCGCUCACGUGAGUUGAUCUUGAUUGUUCCUCUGUGCUGUAUCUAUCGACUUGCUGUCUCAUUACAUUUGGUUACCUUGAUUUCAUCCCCUAGCUGUCUGCUGUGCCUUCACUUGUAUAUAUUCUGUUUUCAUAAAAGGUCGUAUGUUUCCGGCCUUGAAACCCUGUCAAUUUGAUUUGUUUAUCACUGCACAUAUUCUAUGCUUUGAUUUGUUUACCACUGCACAUAUUCUAUGCUUUGCAGAGCGAAAGUUCCUGAGAAAAAUUCUAGUUUUUAACCCAAACCGCCUCAAAUUUAUUUAUAUCACACCAAUUUGCUACGUCCAUAAUGCCCUUGUUCGUCCCUUUCAUGCGGAGCAUACAACCAUACUUCACCCCAUAGUUCAUUUGUUCGCCGUUGUAUUUUGCUAUCUUCUUGGUUGCUUGAUUCCCAUGGCACUUCUGACCCUUUUCCUGGUUGGUUUCAAGUUACCAGGACGGCUUGUGUGUUUAUUUCUUUCGUGUGAGUUCUGUAAUUGUGUUAUUCAUCCAGCUUCAUGACCCUUUUAUUCACUGACUUAUGCAUAUCUAUGAACUAGAUAAAUUUGCUGCAAAUUCACAACACAGCCGUACACCAUUUGACUCACUCCUCUAGUAUGAAAUUAGGUGAUAUUAUCAUUGUUGUUUAGCCUCCAUAGCUUUCGUAUUGAUUCUGAAAUUUCUAUUCUGCCAGUCACGUGACAAAUGCAAGUGUGUUCAUGUA